GUCGUCGUCGUCGUCGUUGUCGUCGUUGUCGUCGUCGUAGCUGCUUUGGCUCUGGCACGUGCCUGUCCCCGCAACUUCCUGGGUGCGCUUGCGCCCUCCCCCUCUCCCCUCCCGCUUCCGUCGGCCAUGGUUGUCGCUGCGAGGCUUCGCUGGAUUUGCGAGCAAGUGGUCGCAGGGGUCCAGGCGCACAUCUUUGUCUCCCCGGCUGCCAUCCCGAGCAGGUCCAAGGUUAAGGUGGUGCUCGACCCUGCUGCUGGGCCUACCGCACCUCCAGCAAGGGCGCUUCUCCUCCACACGCUCGAGGUGUUCGAUCGCAUGGUGGGCGUGCUGGUUGCAGUGGAUCGUGGGCAUCGCCAUUCGGGCGGGAAGCAGGAGAUUUGCAUCUGGUGGUCUUCUCCUUGGCUUCCGGAUGGUGCUGGCGGUGACGAUCUUCCUCCUGGUGGUGGGGGUUCUGGUGAUGACGACCCUGAUGGUGGAGGAGAUGACGGCGGUGGCGGACCUCGGCGACGUCGGCGAGACCAUCGUGCGGCCACUCGUGAUCCCUGGCUCGACCCUGGAUGCGACCCGUGGGCGGCAGCUGCAUGGCAGAGCGGUGGCGGUCCACUGCACAAGGCUCCUCGACAUCAUUGCGGUCUAUUCCCAGAGGUGCCGAAGUUCCCUUUCAAUUCGGACGCGCAGAUUUUCGUUCCGAAUUCUGGUGUCCUUUCUGCCGAAGCUGAUCGCGCUGAGCUUCAUGAUGGAGACGGAUUUCCUGUUCGUGACUGCGAUGUUGCUGACGUUGUUCUUUUGGAGCUUUGUACCGGCUAUCGUGAAGGAGGAGGUGGUGACCAGUCUGAUGCCGUUCUUCAUGCGCCUGGUGUGGCUCAUUUGCCUGACGAUCGAGCUGCGUUGCCUGGCGGACAGGUGGAGCUUCCUGUGCCUGGUGACCGUCUACUUACUGCAGAUUGUGUGGGCCCUCCUGGACCUGAUGCUGGUCAGCUUCCCGAGGGACGUGCGCCUCUUCCCGAAGACAGUGAAUAUUGCGACGACUUUAUUACUGCGCCUGGUGCGGGUCUGUUCCUAGAGGAUCGUGCUGCCGUGCCUGGAGGCCCUGUGGUCCUUCCUGGGCCUAGUGCGGGCCUGUUCCGUGGAGUUUCUGCCGAGCUUCGUGGAGGUCGCGAUUGUCUCCCUGGAUCUGGUGCCGGGGGGCUUCCCCAGGGACGAGAGCUGCUUCCCGACGAUCGCGCAGGUCUUCCUGAGCAUACUGAACGAGGAGAUGGUGUCGUGCUGGUUCCUGGUGCUUCCUCCGAUGUGCCCCACGUCCCUGAUGCCUGGAACUUCUCGUGCGACGAGAUAGUGGACGACCUCCUCGCCGAUAUGGACAUGGGCGGCUACCCUACUGACGAUGCGGUGCGCGCUUGUUUCGACCUUCCUCCUCGUCCUGGUGUGUUCCAUGGACUUCGCAGCCCUCGGCCUGGAUCUGAUCGUGCUGGCAUGCGGGAUUUCUGGGAGAUGGCGGCUGUGACGAGGGUUCGGCUGCCACAUAUAUCUGAUUCGGGGCCGCGCGAGCCUCUUCGCAUUGCCUCGGAGCCGCCCAUCGCUAUAUGCAAUAGUAGCACGGAUUGGGAGUCGCUGAGAAUGGAUAUGACUCGUUGCCCGCUGACUGGCCGACGGCUCGCCGCAGAGGAAAUCGAAGCAGAGCGAUUAA